AUGGCUGCUUCAGACGUUCCUGAAAGUUCAACAUCAUCACGGUCAGCUGACCUACAACUGCUGUCUGAUCAUUCAUCUGGUAGUAAAUUUCCUGCUACUCAACAACAAAAGAGAAAGAGACAACCACAAACAGCUUUCAGAAGCUCACACAAAGGUAUGAUAGCGAGCGUGAAAGAGUUCUUUGAACGUGAGAAGACCACAGGAGCGCCAUUCUCUUUGGCAACGGGUAAGAAGGGAAGCGGGGAUUACCACGAUGAAAUAAAUACCAAGCAUUUUAUGGAAUGGUACCAAAAACAGCUGUUGCCUCACUGUCCGCCCACGUCAGUCAUUGUCCUUGACAACGCCAAGUACUACAAUGGUGUUGUUGAGAAAGUGCCCACCAAGAGCAGCGCGAAAAAGGAUAUAAUAGCGUACCUGGACAAGCACAGUAUUACCUACGAUAAGCAACGCCUGAAAUCUGAGUUGUUCAUGCUACUAAAGGCACCCAACCCACAAACGAAAUACCUCACUGACGUUCUUUCCAAUGAUGCAGGUCAUGAUGUCCUCAGACUUCCGGUGGGCCAUUGUGAACUGAAUCCUAUAGAACUGGUAUGGGCGCAAGUCAAAGGAUACGCUUCAGACCACAACAAGGAUUUUACAAUGAGAGCCAUCGAACAACUGGCCAGAGAAGGCGUUGAAAACGUGACGGCGGCCAAAUGGAAGAAGUGUGUCAACCACGUUAUCCAGAAAGUAGAAAACCACUACAGAACAUCAGAUGGCGUGGUAGAACAAGCAGUAGAAAGUCUAGUUAUAGAAGUAGGUGCCGAGGACUCUUCAGACAGUGAAGAGAUCCUGCUAGGAGACGACGAGAAUGAUAACAAUGAUUAG